AUGGAUGUUCGUAAUGUGUUUGAAACUGAAUUUAAAAAGUGGUGUGAAAGUGAUGCAUUGGAUGUUUCUCACUUCUUUAUGUUGAUCCUUGAGGAGGAUCUAGAAGUUUCUGAGAUUGAGAAUGCUGCUCACACUGUCAAGUGUCUGGGCCGGGUGCGGCUCAGGGGCAGGAAGCACCAUGCUCAGCAAAACAAAUGGAUGGUGUUAUGUGAGUGUAAGGAAUCAGUAAAUUCACCUAAUGUCCCCUCUGAAAUCAUGGCUCUGGGCCAGCAGCAACCUUGGAUGCUUAUCACACUCUUUAAAACUGUGCCUGAGCCCAGGGAUUUUACUGAUCGGCUGAAGGAUUUCUUGAAUGCGGAAAACAAAACUGUGGAUGACCUGCAAGCUAUAGUAGGUGACAUAGGUAGUUCGCCAACGUCCAUCAUUCGGGCAAUGAGUGAUCUGUCUGAAAAGACAGUGAAGCCACCUGGAGAGAACAAUGCAUACAGACGUUUGCGGAUUUUUUCCGGGGUUUUGCCAACACCAGUGGGCGAAGAGCAGUUCGAACAUUGGGUGGAGCAGGCAAGGCUGAUGGUGGAUGAAAGUGACUCAUCUAGUAAAGAGAAGAGAUGCAGAAUUAUGGAAAGCCUUAAGGGACCUGCGCUGGAGGUGGUGAAGGCAGCGCACACGGCCAAUGCAGACGUAAGUCCACAACAAUGUUUGGAGGCCUUAGAAAAUGUAUUUGGCACAGCCGAAACUGGUGAGGAUCUAUAUUUCUCCUUCUGCCUCAUGCAGCAGAAACAGGGAGAGAAGCUGUCUGAUUUUCUCAGGUGGUUGGAGCAGGCCCUUACUAAGGUGGUGAAAAGAGGCGGCAUUACCCCUUCUCAAGCCAACCGAGCCCGGCUAGAACAGCUGAUAAGAGGAGCAGUAGCCUCUGACCUGAUGGUGAUCCAGCUCAGGCUUAGAGAGAGAAAAGUGAAUCCCCCUAAUUUUUUGGAACUGCUAUCUGACAUUAGGGUUGAGGAAGAGUAUGAGGCUUCCCAAACAAAACUGAGUGCAACAGUACACAGUGUCGAUGCUGAUAAAGAAACUGACAAUAAAACAGAAGAGAUUCAGGCAUUAAAGACUAAGAUCAAAGAGCUGAAAUCUAUGGUGUCUGCACUGACUGUGGCACCAUCCAAAACAGCUACUGACACUACAGCCACGGCAGCCAAGGGUCAAGUGUGGACGUCCCAACCUGAAACUGAUUUUGAGGUAGUAAUGUUAAAGAAACAGGUGAGAAGACUUGAGCAGAUGUUGGCGACCCGGGAUGCCAAUUCAAUGGAUGAUACAGCUGUUUCAUUAGUGGUAAACUCUUCGAGGAGUGUCAUGAGAGGCUGUGGUGAUAAAGACACAAAUUUUUGCUAUAGAUGUGGGGAUGAUGGACAUUUUUCCACUGCUUGCAUAAAUGAAGAGAAUCAAAACAAAGUUAUCCAGAAGCUCAUUCGCACCCUGAGAAAGAAGGAUCAAGCACCAAAACCUGAGAGGAAUAAAGGCAACAGCAGAGAGGUUUGCUCUUCCAAGAGAAGUGCUGUGCAAACACAGACUGUGACUGCACUGCCUAAGGGGUUGGUAGGUCCAUCUUCUUUCGUGUCAGUGAAGAUAAAUGGACAUUUAUGUGAUGCUUUAUUAGAUAGUGGGUCACAGGUGACUAUCAUCUUUGAGGAUUGGUACAAAAAGGCCCAAUCCCAAUUCUAA